GCCACGACCGCCGCCGGAGGAGGGUGUGUGCCGCUCCACAUGGACGUAAAUACUGACACAAUGCAGGAAAGUGGCCAAGCCAGGUGUUUAUGGGAGCCAGAUGUGAGACGGAAAACGAAAAUGGACGCAUUCCGUGAGGCUGCGAACAAAAAAUACAGCCUGCGGCUUGGAAAUUACCAAGACCUCUACAAGUGGUCUGUGGACCAGUAUUCAGAUUUCUGGGAGACAUGGUGGGAGUUUGGAGGAUUUCUGUACUCAUCACCUCCUACCCAAGUCGUUGAUACUUCUCUCAACAUAACGCAAAUACCACGCUGGUUUUCUGGUGCCAAGCUGAACUUUGCUGAAAAUCUUCUUCGGUUUCGUGAUGAUCGUGUUGCUAUAUAUGCUACAGGAGAAGGACAGCAAGGCAUAACCACAGUCACAUAUGAGCAGCUGUAUAAGCGUGUUGGUUUGUAUUCAAGAGCACUUAAGGGCCAUGGUGUAAAGAAUGGGGAUCGUGUGGUGGGUUAUGUGCCCAAUUGCCCUGCUUCCAUUGAGGCCAUGCUGGGUACAGCAUCUUUAGGUGCGGUGUGGAGCUCAACAUCCCCAGACUUUGGUGUUAUGGGUGUUUUGGAACGGUUCACACAAAUAGAACCAAGCAUAUUGUUUUCUGUUGAAGCUGUGGUUUAUAACGGUAAAGUUCAUGACCAUCUCAACAAGGUCAAGAAAGUGACGGCUAGUUUGAAGCAUCUGAAAAAGGUUGUCAUAAUUCCAUUUGUUCACAAGAGGAAUGAGAUUGAUAUAUCUGAUAUUACCAAUGGCAUAUUCCUAGAAGAUUUCUUAGCUGAUUGGGAGAGUGAUGAAGAAACAGAAUUUGAGCAGGUUCCCUUCCAUCACCCUCAGUUUAUUAUGUUUUCUUCUGGGACGACGGGUAUCCCCAAGUGCAUGGUUCACUCUGUUGGGGGAACUCUUAUUCAGAUUGCAAAAGAGCAUGUGUUGCAUUGCAACCUCUCCCGGGAUGAUGUCUUCACUUACUACACCACGACUGGUUGGAUGAUGUGGAACUGGCUAGUGGUGGGCUUGUUCUCUGGGUGUUCUCUGUUCUUGUAUGAUGGAUCUCCCCUUUUGCCCACUCCCAGUGUGCUCUGGGAUCUGGUUGAUAAAUUAGGAGUCACAGUACUUGGAACAGGUGCUAAAUGGUUGGCUGUUUUAGAAGAAAAGGGAGUAAAACCCCGGGAAUCACAUAAUUUGUCAUCGCUGCGAGCCAUACUCUCCACUGGUUCUCCACUAUCCCCACAUUCCUUCCACUAUGUUUACAAUAACAUUAAACAAGAUGUUAUGUUGGGAUCUAUUACUGGUGGCACAGACAUUAUAUCUUGCUUCAUGGGCAGCAACCCCAGUCUUCCCGUGUAUGAAGGAGAGAUUCAGGGACGAAACUUGGGCAUGGCUGUUGAAGCGUGGGGUGAGGGCUGUCAGCCUGUGUACGACACCCGAGGGGAGCUGGUCUGCACCAAACCAUUCCCUUCCAUGCCAACGCAUUUCUGGAAUGACGAUGGUGGCAUCAAAUAUACAAAAGCUUAUUUUGCAAAGUAUUCCCACACCUGGACUCAUGGAGAUUAUAUCAUGAUAAACUCAAAAACUGGAGGAAUAAUCAUGUUAGGACGAAGUGAUGGCACUCUCAAUCCAAAUGGAGUCAGAUUCGGCAGUGCAGAAAUAUACAAUAUUGUUGAGCAAUUUGAAGAGGUGAGUGAUAGUGUGUGUGUGGGCCAGAGGAAUGCUGCUGGGGAAGAACGAGUUGUGUUGUUCCUGAAGCUUCACCUACACGCAGAACUCGGUCAAGAACUUACACGGCGUAUUGUAGUGGCCAUUCGCUCGGAGCUCUCUGCCAGACAUGUUCCGGCUCUUAUUCUUCCCAUCAUGGAAAUUCCGUACACAGUGAGUGGAAAGAAAGUGGAAGUGGCUGUGAGGCAGAUGAUCCAAGGAGAGACCGUCACAAACAGGGCUGCACUCUCCAAUCCUGACUCUUUGGACCUUUAUGCCAACAUACCACAACUACAGGCUUGGUGAGAGCCUUCUGCAUACACAAGAAUGUGACUUCAUUUUGGUGAACUAGCUUGAAUUACGGUACUAAAGUUUGCCUUGGCUGCAGUAUCGAGGGACUUCAGGUAAGCCCCUAAACUGACAGCGUUACUAACUUCCAGUGAUCCUAAAGUUCUUAAGACCUUUGACUUGGUUCUUGUAUUUUAUAUUGGUUGUGAGGUAGCUCUCGACUUUCAUGAUGUACUAACUCAAAUAGUAUUAACUAUAGUAAUCUCGUAAACUGCAUAUUAUUAGCUUUACUCUAUUUGUUAUUAGCUGAAUACUUGUGGUACAUGAUUCUUAUAAGUACUGUAGUUAGAACUUGUGGCAUGUGGUUGUCAAUGUUUUUACACAUUUGAUCUGACUCAACAAUUUUAUAUUGAAUUUUGUGUGUAUUUAUGUAAAUUUCUAGUGUCUUUGUAUCUAUUUAAUUUUUAAAUUCUUAAGUCAUCAGAAAUGCUACAGUAAUGCUGCAGCUAAUGUAUUUGAAAUUGUAUUAUUCAAAUUGCUGUAUCAUUGAGUUACAAUAAAUAACUGUAUCAUAACUUUGAGGUACAGUAUAUUGUACUGUAUUGAAUCUUGAGCAGCAGUGUUUAAAAUCAUUCUAGAAUAUAUUAUAUAAUAUAGAUUUUGGUAUCAUUUAAUUUUGAUCAGUAGGCCUAUGAGCCAAAAUAUAGCUGUAUGUAGUACUGUAUUGAUAAUGGAAAAAAUUCAGUUUGUUUUUCCAUUCAGAAUUUCUAAUGUUGGCCCCAAUUCUAUUACAACAUUAGUCACAAGUUGUUUGUGAUACAAUAUUUCUGCGCUAUCCACUUGGUUGCUCCAUAAAAUAUUAAAUUAAUUGAUGGCUGUUAUUGUAUCUGAUUCAUUCAGGGCAGGUUGGCAUGCCAUGCCAGUGCAGCAGGAAACUUGCCAAAGUGUCCCUGUUGGAUGAUAUUCAUGCCAGGGAGACACUGGAGAAUACUCAUUCUAACACAAAAUUUCAACAAAGUAUAUUUACAUUAAACUUAAAAACUUUCCAGGUAUAACUUAGGAUCAAAGAUACUGCCAAGGUAAGUAUUGAAUGACCCAAUACUGUAGCUAACUACUGCUGACCGUCAGCAAGGAUAGCAUCAACACUACAACAAAGGGCCCCCAACCUAACCUCUUCACAUAUUAUCCUGACAGCUCAGGCAGCAGGUUAUAUGGAUAGGUUGAGAUAAGGCCUUUCAGUUAAGUGGCAUGUACAAGUAUUAUGCAUCCAGUGUGUGUGUGUUGAUAGGCCCCUUGUGUGUCUGGACUUUGACCGGUGUCCAAAGUUAUUUUCUCGGCACCCAGCAGCUCAUGCUUUUCAGUAGAGCUGAUUUACCUCUUGAGUUUCCCAAUGAAUUUGUGGUUCCUUUUGGUAAUUUGGUCCACAACUUGGACAUUUGAGCUGUACACAUGUUGUUAACUGUUGGUGCUUUCAAUUCUGGGUCAGAAGUUCACCAGCAGUGGUGUUCUCCUCUUGAGAUGACCAUUAUAUGCAUGACUGCUUGAUUUUAUACAGUGUAUACUGUCACUAUAUUUUACCAAUUACUGGGGGCUACAAAAAGUUGGGUGGUGCACUUAACAAAAGGAAAUGUUUGUAUAAACCUUCUAACUCCAGUAAUAUAGACAGUAUCAUAAAAUAGAAAGUAGAGUCGAGCUGUGUGGAGAGGUUGUUGGGUACUGCCACCUGGUGACCACAUUAGUAGGCCAAAUGAACAAAUCCACAAGGGCCGUGACGAGGAUUCAAACCUGCGUCCAGGAGCAUCCCAUUACAGAGCAGGAGUUACAUUAGUAAGCCAUUUGGUAAAUAAAAAGAGGGCAUGGGUUGGUUAUAUUUUUUAUGCCAAGGUGUGCAUGGAAAGGUUUUGAUUUUUAUGAUAAUAUACUUUCUCUACACACACUGUGCUGGAUUUGAGUAUUCCUGUCUUCCUGGCACCAGAUUAAUGCAGUUAGAAUAAUUUGAAAAUUUCUCCAUUGCAUCAGUGUGAUAUGUCAAUCUAUCCUGGCUGUGUCAGAUCCAAACCAUAAGUCAGUAGGAUAUCGUCUUACAAAGCAGCUGUGUAUACUGCUCGGAAGAAAGGUCUUUUCAUAUACUUUAUAUUCAAAGCCUGAUAUCUUUUUGUUUACCCUGUAUUGCAGCUAUUUGCAUAUUCAGACUUUACAUGGUAUUUUAUUAAAUCACUGCUAACAACAAAUUUAUGAACAUAAAUGGCAAUUAUUAUAUUGUAUUACUGAAUAUUCCAACUCCUGGUGUCAUUUACUUGCUACAUUUUGUACUACUAAUCUUGAAUUAUUGGGUGAUCUGUAGUACAUACUAUAUUGAUGCUUCGAUUAUCACAAGUAGGCGACUGAAAAGUUCCAAUCUGCUUAAAUUUUUUGUUUAAGUAUGGAAAGAAAAGGCAAAGGAAUUGUUGCCUUUUUAUUCUUUCUUAAGUAAUGCGGUUGGUACACACUGCUGUUAAUUGGGUGUGAGGAAAUGGUCAUCUGGUAUAUACUGUACCAUAUACUGCAAAUGGUUGUGAAGGAUAUUUAGACAUGAAGGACAAGGGGGUAAAAGAAACAUGAAAUUUCUUACUUCUAGUUGUUCUUCCUCUAUUUUAUAAUGCCCUAAAUCUACUCAUCUUCUACUCCCAUGAAUAAAUUCUGCAUAGAUCAGAAGUUUAAACUUGCCUUGAAAUUAUUUUGAAGGAAUGAUGAUAAUAUUUAGUGAAACCAGUAAAAUGUCAAAGAAAUGUACAAUUCAAGAUUGUAGUCAGUUUAGACAUUUUACCUAGAUUAAUUUAGACACUUUGAGGCUGGGAAGGAGGCUACCCAUGUUUGCUCAAAUGGCAUCAUUUGCAUGUGAUAAAGCAAACCGAAUUUGUUAUACCAAGAAAUAAAUCUGAUCAUCUUAUUCAUCACAUUGAGAUAUACAGAAGAUUGAAAGUGGCAACAUUGAGAGGGCGCUGUUGUAUUUAUUUCAAAAGUUUACAAUAAAAGUAGGCUGAUGAUACAUACUUCCUCAGGCAAUCAACCUAUUCUUCUAUUCAUACUGUACCUUUGUGUACAUAUUGAAUUAAAAGAAAAAUGGAAAAGAAUCUACAGCACAGUAGUGCAAACCCAUCUCUAUUGUACAAAAAGAUAGAAAUCUAAAAACGAAAAAUUUUCAAGUACGUAUUUGUUCUCUGAAAAUUAUAAUAAAAUGUAACCUAACCUAGGCUUAAGGUAUGUAUUCCUAUAUUAGGUAAUGUGAGGCCUAGGUUACUGUAAGUUGUAAGUUAGGUAAGUAAUUGAUUUUUUUUUUUUUUUACUUUUGUCCUAAAUAUAUAUCUUAUUUUUUUGUUAAUAUAGUAUGUUGUUUAGUUAAGAAAAUAUAUAUAUACUGUAUAUGAGUUUUCAGUAUGUACAUAAAGGUGUAGCAUUAACAUUGGGAUGAGUUGAGGUGAUGGACAUAAUGUAGACGAAUGUUAUGAGUAAACUAGCCAUGAAUGACAAAAGGGAAUGAUGAUGAUGUUCUAGGUUUAACUACGUGAAACAAAAGUUCCAAGUAGCACAGGCUAUGGUGAGUCCAUAGUGGACUUGAUUUUAAAAGGGAAAUAUGUUACUGUACAGUACAGUACUACUGAAGUCGUAUAUUAGAUAACUGUUGUGUAAAAAAAGACGUGUUGCACUUAUUGUUGAAAUGACUAGGUCAUUUGUGUACUAAAGUUUAAGCUGAGCUCGCUACUCCAAAGCCUUAAAUGGAAUGCAAAAUUUUUGAAUAAUUUUUAAUUAAUGUACAGUAUUUAGCUGAAUACAAUAUUAAAAUUAGUUUUUCACAUUUAUAAUGUUCAAAGAUUUAUAUUUAUUGAUCCAGAUAUUUGUCUAAAGUAUGUACCAUACUGAUAAUUGUUCACACAUUUCAAUUAGUUUAUAAUGUAAUAUAGGUAUAUUUUAUUUUUAUAUUUGUAUGUGAAGAUUUCUUGACCAGUGUUGCCCCCAAAAUAUUACCCUGGGAGAAGUAAACAGUUGUCUCCUCUCUCAUCUUCUCCCACGUAAACACUUCCUUGUACGAGUGCAAUUUUGUUUAUGAUCCCACUUCUUCCCAAUUUAUUUGCAGUAAUCUUGCAAGGUAGUGGUAGCCAUUUUACUUUGGGUCUGUGAACCCAAAAUUAACUAACGCUCUUGUUAGCUGGAAAUUUAUAUUUUAUUGUGUUCUACUGUAUAUAAAUUGUUUCCUUAAUAUCUUUAUGUAAUUAUUGAAAAGUCAGUUUGUGUUAUUGGUAACUAGAUAUCAGUUUAUAUGUAUAUAUAUUUGUUUAUAUUGAAUAAUGUUUAUAACACAAACUAUUCAGUUUAUAUUGUAUAUUUUUGGUAUAUCUGACUCGUACAGCCCCAGCCUCAAGGGCUAGAUACAAUGCUUCCUUGUGAGAAACUUCAACAUUUAGUUAUUAAAGACGAUUUAUGAGCAUGUCAUUUUUGUGCACUAGUAAAGGUGAUUGGUUCUAAAACUCAGUUCGGUAUGUUUUAACAAUUUUGUUUUUUAAACCAAUAGAAAGACAAAAUUUAUUGUUGCUAUAAACUUAUUUUUGAUAAAAUGUGACUGGCAAAUUUGUCCUCAUGUCGUGUAACAACAUGAUCAUUUCAGAUAUAAAAUGACAAUUUUUGUUAUUUAAUAUAGAUAGAAAAUUUGGGCAUUUGUCUGUCUAGAAGUUAUAUUUUAACAUUAAAUUUUAACAUAGCAUUUAUGUUAGUAAUUAUUAAAUUGAAUAGAAAUGGAUUGUAAAUCAAAUGUAUCUUUUGAUUGUUACCUGCAACUUGGGUGUUAAUUAUAUCAUAAUGGUGAUUAGCGGAUGCGUGUGUCCGUAUGCUGUUUACCUCAUUGCCAUGUGUUAUUAUGCACAUACAUCAAGUUAAUCAUAUGUAUCUUGCUCUUUUGUAAUAAUAAAGCUAAGGUCAGUUCUCAUUUUCUCAA